AUGAAGAGGGAGCUACUUCAAAAGACUGCAACAAUGAAGGGGGAGAAUCAACCUUCAACACAGACAUGCCCGGCAUUGCGCCGCCUCCGACCUUCAACUCGCCACGCCCCGCCAUCCCCGCCCCCUCCGACCCUAACACCCCCUUCAUGUCCUUCGACGUCGGCGUCUCGUCCCCCCUUCUCUGCUCCCGUCUUGGCGGCAUCUGCCGCGGGCGGUGGAUCCAUCUCGGCCUCCGGCUAUUUCGAAGACGAACCGCCCCUCUUCGAGGAGCUGGGCAUCAACACCCGCCAAAUCUGGCGCAAGACCGUCUCGAUCCUGAAUCCUAUCCGUUUGAAGCCCGAGCUCCACGAGAAUACCGAUCUCUCAGGCCAGUUCGUCUUCCUCAUGGCGUUCGACCUGUUCCAGCUUCUCGCGGGAAAUUCCACUUUGGGGUGGGUAACCGUCGCCGCGGCCUUCCUCUACGUGGUCUUCAAUAUGCUCGAGGGGAGGAACGGAGGAUCUCUACCGUUGUUUGAGCUUGGUUGGAUACGGCAUGUUGCCGAUGGUGAUCCUCUCGGCGUUGUCUCUCUUUGUGACCCAUGA